AUGACGAGGCCACGACUGAUCGUAGUGUCGAUGUCGCUUCCGGUUACUGCAAAGAGGACAGGAGAAGAGUCUUGGUCUUUCGCCAUGAAUUCUGGUGGUCUAGUUAGUGCUCUUCUAGGUUUGAAAGGGUUUGAAACCAAAUGGAUUGGAUGGCCUGGAGUAGAUGUUUAUGAUGUGGUUGGAAAAAAGGCACUCUCCACUGCCCUAGCUGAAAAGGGUUGUAUCCCAGUGUUUCUGGAAGAAGUUUGUGAUCAAUACUUCAACGGGUACUGCAACAACAUCCUGUGGCCGAUUUUCCACUACAUGGGAGCACCACCAGAGUAUCGUGAUGAUGGAACCAUAACGUACCAGUCACAGUAUGAUGCAUACAAGAAAGCAAACCGAAUUUUCUUUGAUGUGGUAAAAGAGCACUAUCAAGAAGGAGAUGUAGUAUGGUGCCAUGAUUAUCAUGUUAUGCUUCUUCCUCAAUAUCUUAAGGAAUACAACAGUAAGAUGAAUGUUGGAUGGUUUCUCCACACACCAUUCCCUUCCUCCGAGAUGUACAAAACGUUGCCCUCUCGAUCCGAGUUGCUUCGUUCUAUUCUUACUGCUGAUUUAGUCGGUUUCCAUACAUAUGAUUUUGCAAGACAUUUCGUGAAUGCAUGCAUGUGUAUUCUUGGAAUCGACGCAACAUCUGAAGGAGUUGUGGAUCAGGGCAAAGUCACUCAAGUAGCUGUUUUUCCCAUUGGAAUAGAACCUGAGAGGUUUAUUAGCACAAGUGAACUCCCUGAGGUCGUACAAUACAUGAAGAAGUUUAAAAACGAUUUUGCUGGCAGAAAGUUGAUAUUAGGUGUUGACCGUAUGGAUUUCGUCAAAGGGCUACCACAAAAAUAUCAGGCAUUUGAAAAAUUUCUAGAGGAAAAUGAAGAUUGGCGUGGUAAAGUCAUGUUACUUCAGAUUGCAGUACCAACAAGGAAUGGUAUUGGUGAAUAUCGAAAGAUGAAAGACCAAUGUCAUAAACUGGUUGGACGAAUUAAUGGUCGUUUUGGUUCUAUCUCUUCUGUCCCAAUAACUCAUCUGGAUUGUUCUGUUCCCUUUGAUCAAUUAUGCGCACUUUACGCCAUCGCAGAUGCAUUACUUGUAACAUCUUUGAGAGAUGGAAUGAAUCUUGUGAGUUCUGAAUUUGUUGCCUGCCAAAAGGAGGAAAAAGGAGUUCUCAUUCUCAGCGAGUUUGCAGGUGCUGGACAGUCACUUGGUGCUGGAGCUCUUCUUGUGAAUCCUUGGAACAUUAAAGAAGUUUCUAAUGCCAUUGGAGAAGCUCUAAACAUGUCACCCGAAGAAAAGGAGAGAAAACACAAAAUCAAUUUUCAGUAUGUGAAAACUCAUUCUACUCAACAGUGGGCAGAUGAUUUCAUGAAUAAACUUAAUGAGAUCACAUCUAACGGUGAGCUACAAAAUGGAAACGUCCCACAUGAACUUCCACAACAUGAUGUGGUUCAACAAUAUUUAAAGUCUAAUAAUAGACUGCUAAUUCUUGGUUUCUGUGGAACGCUCACUCCUCCGAAUAAGAACCAAGAGAAAAGAGGCGAAGGGAUGAAUCUUGAAGUGCACCCACAUCUACACGAAAGACUAAAAGAAUUAUGCAGUGAUCCGAAAACAACAGUCGUUGUCCUGAGUAGAGGUCCAAAAAGCUUAUUGGAUAAAAACUUCGGAGAGUGUAACAUGUGGUUAGCCGCGGAAAAUGGAAUGUUUCUAAGGCAUACAAGUGGAGAGUGGGUGACAAAAAUGCCAGAGCACAUGAAUCUGGAUUGGAUUGAUGGUGUCAAGCAAGUUUUCAAGUACUUCACUGAAAGAACUCCAGGAUCAUAUUUCGAAACAAGCGAGACUUCACUUGUAUGGAAUUAUCAAUCUGCAGAUGCUGAAUUCGGUAGAGCUCAAGCAAGAGACAUGUUACAACACUUGUGGGCAGGACCAAUCUCUAAUGCAUCAGUGGAUGUUGUCCGAGGAGACAAUUCUGUUGAAGUCCAUGCUGUUAGUGUGACAAAGGGAAGUGCAAUGGAGCGUCUCAUUGGAGAAAUAGUACUGCAAAAUAAGUCAAUGACUACACCGAUUGAUUAUGUCUUAUGCAUUGGUAAUUUCUUGGGCAAAGACGAAGACGUUUACACUUUCUUCGAACCCGGUUUAAGCAAGAAAAGGAAGUCUUCAGGCAAUGGUUCCCCCAAGAAGGUCUCAUCGACCGUCGUUGACCUAAAGGAAGAGAACUACUUCUCUGUAGCUAUUGAGAAAACGCACACAAAGGCUAGCUAUUUCCUUGACUCAUCUGAUGACGUUGUGCAACUGAUCCACAAGCUUAACGCACACAACAAAGCCUGA